GCUUCGGGUUUGAUCCUUUCGCCGUGAAUAAUACGGUAGCCGGUAUUUCAACAACACUCAGAUCCGGUCGCGAGCUAGUUUUUCGAUUGAUACCGAUCGAUAAUGGUGUUGAUUAAGAGUGUAAGGUUUUAGCUACAACGGCUCUUCAACAAUCACAACAAACUCAUCCACGCCGCCAAAGGAAGCAACUGUAGUGAAAACAACAAAACAUUCUCAAACAAAAUAAGUGCAACCCCCUGUCGUAAAUCAUGUCCAGCGAAUAAUUAAACCGUGAUCUGCAACAAAAGCGUAUGUUAUCUCGAAAGCUUGAUCGCAUUUGCAUGUCUAGUAGCCCUUGGAAAGUAGCUAAUUAUAGAACACGAAAGAAUUUAUAGCUACGCACGGCUGUAACCAUAUGAUUAUGAGAAAAAUGUCUGAUUAUGCGGCACUAUCCGCACCGUUGCCUCCGCCAACAACAAUAGCAACAACAACGGUUCUACAAAAUAAACAACACGAUCGGAUUCCGUUUAAACGGUUCGCUGAAAAUAGCUACUGGAACAGCAGGUCAAACACCUUAGGACGACGAGAGCGUUGUGAGAAACCGCGAAGGCAUCGAUCACGUAUCAAUCGAUCGAGCUGGACGACGAUCGGUGCUAGCGGUUUAAGGGGAAAUCUGCUCGUAUUAGUCACGGCGGCUACCGCCGCUGCCUUGACCGUGCUGGCUUCGGAACGAAAGCUGCAAAUGUCUGGACGAGUUGUUUUCAAGAUGUUACGUAGUGAAGUGACCCAGUUUGGAGCCACAGCAGUUCAACUGAAAUGUACUCAUCAUGAUGAAUUAUGGUAUGCAAGUCCUGCAAGCAAGUGUUCUUUGUACUACCGAUGCCAUCAAGGGGAACCGAUCCGUUACAAGUGUAACGAGAAAUCAGUUUUUGAUUUCUACCAACAAAAAUGCGUUCGUAGCGAAGGUACCUGCUACGAACCGGUAUGCACAGGUAAAACGAACGGUUUGUACGCUGAUACGACUCAGGCCUGUCGGAGGUCGUAUGAAUGCCGAGGAGGUAAACUUAUUGCGAUGGACAACUGCCCACGGGGUCACCUGUUCGAUGGCAACAAGUGUGUACCCCAACAUGAGGUCAAUUGUGAAAGUCCUAAAAAUUCCGCUAUUGCUUUUCCCUUCAGUGGAGAUGACCGGUGCUACGGGCGGCAGAAUGGGAAUCAUAUCAUCGAUGAUGACCAGUGUAAGAAGUUUAUGAUAUGUCAUGAUAACAACGUGAUUCAUGUGCUAGAGUGUCCUUUCGGGUACGUGUACAACGAGGUCACUAGGAGAUGUACAUUCACAGGGGGUAUUGGAUCGCCCGGCUGUGUGAGCAACUUCAUGGACGAAGGGGACGACGCAUGUUCAAGGCUUCCCGAUGGAGCUCAUCUGGAUCCAACAUCGAAAACUUGCAAGAAAUAUAUCGAAUGUAUGGAUGGAAGGCUUUCGUCUAAGCAUGAAUGUCCUCGAGCAACUUUGUUCAAUGGAAUUCAGUGCGUUCCCGAUGUCUUGUACCAUUGUCCAAGACUUGCUCUUCCAGGAGAUAUUUGCGAUAAGAAACGAGAUGGAUUCUACAUUGACCCGAGAAAGGGCUGUUCUUACUAUGUUCGCUGCGAAAAUCAGCAGACUCUCGAGAACCAUUCAUGUCCUUCAGGCUUCUAUUACAACCCGUCGGAAAACAUGUGCAUAGAACAAUACAGUGGUGACAUCUGUCUCGAAUCUGGCUAUUCCAGCGAUUGCAUUCAGCGCUCAGCUGGGUACUAUCAAGACAUCUCAGAACAAUCAAAAUGUUCACAGUACUUUUACUGCUUCAAUGGAAACAAAACCACAUUCCGAUGCAGUUCAGGUGAAGUUUUCGAUGGAGAAAACUGCAUUAGCUAUAUGCUGUAUUCGUGUCCAAGCGCAAACUCCAACUCAUGCUUGAGAAAAUCAAACGGUUACUAUCGAGAUCCAACCGGAGGCUGCCGCUCGUAUUUCUACUGUUUGGAGGGAACCAAAACUUCCUACGUCUGCAACCCAGGUCAAAUAUUCAGGAACGGCCAUUGUGUCGAUCGCCUUGAAGAUGCAUCCUGCCAGGAUGACCUCGUCUGUGCAGGUAAAUCAGACGGAUACUAUCAAGAUCACCAGUCCAACUGUCGAAACUACUUCUACUGUCAAGGCGGAGAAAAGCUUCAGACGCUUACCUGCCGAGGAAGCAAAAUCUUCAACGGGAACAGUUGCGUUUCGCAAGGUUCAUACAUCUGUCCACGAGAGGGAACCGGAGCCAAUCCGUUGUUGAACUGUCUUCCUCGAUCUUGCACGUCAGACUGCUCAAGCAAUGGAUUUCAAAAUGACUACGACAGCGAUUGUGAACAUUAUUUCUUCUGCAUAGAUGGCAAAAAGACGAUCCUAUCCUGCUCGAACAACUAUGUUUUCAAUGGCGAAAUUUGCGUUCCUAGAGAUACAUACAACUGUCCAAAGUACUGCGAAGCUCCGGUUUCCUGCAGCUGAUUGAAAGAGCCGGUUUGAGGAAAGAUUCUAUACCUGCAGCAAAAAUAGGGGAGGUCUGCCCGAUGGAUGCAUCUGACUAGUUUCUAGUAUUUAUUUGCUUAUAUAGAAGUACGUAGAAUAGAAACAAAAACCGUUACAAUUUACAACAAUACCGUCUCUCGCCUGUGCCAACAAAGUAGUGAUGUUUACCUGGCUGCUUGGGUACGCAUUUUGCUUUAAAUAAU